AUGUCGGCUGCUGCAGAUUCUACCAUGAGCGGUGGCAGCGCUGCUCCUGGCAACGACUCGGGCCUCGAACAACCUACAGAUGCUGUGCAGAUGAAGAAUAUCCCUCAGACGCCUGAGGCAGGCGAUAAACCCAGCGACGUGGCGACUACCAACGCGGCCAAGGACGCUCCCGCUGUCGCGACGACAUCGACCAACCCUGUAUCUACCGACGAUGGCGAAACACCUGCUGCGGCUUCAUCGUCAAAAGGCAAGGAAGUAGCCGACGCUCCUGAGCCGAUAGCCACGACCAAGGAAGAUGUCACUCAGGAAGACACUCCUAAGCAGGACGCCCCUAAGCAAGACGCUCCCAAGGACGAGUCCUCCAAAGAAGAGAAGCCCAAGGAAGAAAAACCCAAGGAGGACAAGCACGAGGAGUCAGCUAUGGCUAUUGGUCCGGCAGAGGAAGAGAUUAAGGCCGCUGGUUCUGGCGGAGCCGAUGGCCCUGUUUGCAACAUUACUCUGUUGCUCGCGUCUGGCGGCCGACAUCCGUACAAGAUUGAUGCCAAGUAUCUUAGCAGGAGACACGUCGCCAUGCCGGAUAAGGACGAGAGCAGCAACCCUGAUCCAUUCAGCAUCAGCAUCUACACCUUGAAGGAACUGAUUUUGCGGGAAUGGAGAUCUGACUGGGAGGCCAAGCCCGCCAGCCCCAGCAGCAUAAGGCUGAUUCACUUUGGCAAAUUAUUAGAUGAUAAGGAGCAGCUAAAGAAGUAUCAAUUUAGCCCUGAUAGCCCCAAUGUGGUACACAUGAGCAUCCGGCCCCAGGAUCUUGAUGAGGAGGAACCCAAGUCCGGGAGCAAGAGCCUCCCUGCGGGCGCCACAGAUGGGGAUGGCGCAAGGGAGGGACGUUGCUGCAUCAUUUUAUAA